CAGACACCUGAGCACACAGACGGACCCCAUCUCCGAGGACUGGAGGACUAUCUGACCUUUUGUCUGAGACACCAAACUAAGCAACAGCUAGGAUGGCACCCAGUCCCUCCUUGGUGGUGCUUCUCUGCCUCACACAAGCCCUCCUCUGCACAGCGGUAAUAGACACCGGCUCCUUCCUGAUCUACAAUAAAGAACAUAACAAGUGUGUGGUUGCUGUGAGCCCCACAGUGGUCCAUACAGCAACUUGUAACCCCACGGCCAAGAACCAGAACUUUCGUUGGGCCUCACAGUUGCGCCUCCUCAGCCUGUCCGAGAAGCUGUGUCUGGGGGCCCAGGAAAUAAAGGACUGGGUCAAGGUGCUGCUCUAUCCCUGCGAUGAAACUAGUCCUCUACAGCAAUGGGAGUGUAAGAAUGAGACGCUUUUUGGUCUCAAGGGCCAGAACCUGCACUUAAACUACGGCAACCGCAAUGAGAAGAACAUUAUGAUCUACCAGGGUUCAGGAACAUGGAGCCGCUGGACCAUGUACAGCCCACAGAAUGAUCUCUGCUCCAAGGGAUACCAAGAGAUUUUCAGCUUAGGGGGGAAUGCCUUCGGCAGUCCCUGCCAGUUCCCCUUCAAGUUUGAACAGAAGUGGUUUGCAGAGUGCACGUUUGAGGGCCGCCCAGAUGGACUGUUAUGGUGCGCCACAGAGACAGACUACAAUAAGGACAGAAAAUGGGGAUUCUGUCCAAGCAAAUCUGCUCGAGGUUGGGACAGUGACCCAGUAACAGGAGUUUUGUACCAGAGGAACACCCAGUCAGUUCUGACCUGGCACCAGGCCCGGGUGAGCUGCCAGCAGCAGGGGGCAGACCUACUCAGCAUCGUGGAACUUCACGAGCAGACGUAUAUCUCAGGGUUGACCCAUAUCUUCAGCACAGCUCUUUGGAUCGGGCUCAACAGCCUGGACUUUGAAAGUGGAUGGCAGUGGAGCAAUGGAAACCCAUUUAGAUACCUCAAUUGGGCUCCAGGACACCCAUCAACUGAACCUGGUCUCAACUGUGGUGCUCUGCAUGCGGGCAAAGCCUCCAAGUGGGAGAGCCUGUCCUGCUCUAAGAAACUUGGUUACAUCUGUCGCAAAGGCAACUCCACCAAUCUCCCCCCUCCUCCCAUAGACCAGCCCAGCUUCUGUCCCAAUUACUGGGUACCUUAUGCUGGUCACUGUUACUUCCUGGAACGUACUAAGAAGAUGUGGCGGGAGGCUCUGACUGCCUGUCACAAAGAAGGAGGGGACUUGGCCAGUAUCCAUAACAUUGAGGAGCAAAGUUUUAUCAUAUCACAGUCUGGUUACUUGGCCUCGGAUGAGCUGUGGAUUGGGCUCAACGACCAGCAGAGCCAGAAUUUGUUUGAGUGGUCAGACCGCUCCCAUGUGACGUUCGCCCAAUGGCAGAUGGGUGAGCCCUCCCAUGAUACUAACUUCCAGGAAGACUGUGUUCUCAUCAGGGGAAAGGAUGGCAAGUGGGCUGAUAUCAUGUGUGAGAAAACUCAUGGAUAUAUCUGUAAGAAGAAAGCCUCUAUCAAGCCACCAGAAGGAGCCACAAAAGAAGUAAUUUCAGGAUGCAAAACUGGCUGGAUCAGGUUUGGAAUAUACUGCUAUAACAUUGGAUCAGAGACCAAAACAUUUGAAGAGGCGAAAACUAUUUGCCAAAAAAGUGACUCCAAUCUGGUGCAUGUGGAUAACAGAUAUGAGAGUGCUUUCCUGAUUAGUUUGGUGGGUUUGAGACCGGAGAAGUACUUCUGGACAGGCCUGUCCAACUUGGCAGAUAUAGAAACAUUCUUGUGGAGCAGUGGAACAGAAGUCAAGUUUACUCAUUUCAACGCUGGAAUGCCAGACAGAAAACAAGGCUGUGUUGCCAUAGCAACUGGCAUGUUUGCUGGACUAUGGGAUGUUUUAAGUUGUGACAGGAAAGAAAAGUACAUCUGCAAAAAGAUGGCGGACGGUGUCACAACAACAGCUGUCCCUCCCACCACUGCAACCCCAAGAUGUAUGGACGGGUGGCUUGGGUCUCCCAAAAGAAACAUCUGCUACAAGUUGUUCAAAAAGUCUAUCGUAAACAAGAAGAACUGGCAGGAGGCAAGAGACUUCUGCAAGGCCAUUGGAGGAGACUUGUUGAGUAUUCACUCUGACUCUGACAUAGUCAAUCUCCCUUAUGUUAGUUCAGCCUGGAUCGGCCUCAGCAUCCAGGAUCCAAAUGCAGGUUUUGUCUGGACUGAUGGGAGCCCAUUUUCAUUUGAGACGUGGGAAUUAGGAGAACCUAACAACUACAAUGACGCAGAAUUAUGUGUUGAGACUUACUUUGGGAGCUUAUUUCGAUGGAAUGACCGAAACUGUGAGGCCAACAAUGACUGGAUCUGUCAGAUACGCAAAGGUGAUACACCCAAACCUGAACCAGCUGUGGUUACGGAAGAGUACAACACCACAUCAGAUGGCUGGAUCAUAUACAAUGACACACAGUACUACUUCAAUAUGGAGGAAAUGGUUAUGGCCGAUGCCAGAGAGUUCUGCAAAAACAAAUUUGGGGACCUGGCAUCCAUCACUGGCAAUAGUGAGAGGAAAUUUUUAUGGAAAAAGAUAACAAAGGAGUCAUACUAUCAAUAUUACAUAGGCAUGAUUGUAAACUUGGAUAAGUCUUUCAGCUGGUUGGAUGGGUCUCCAGUCGCAUACACGUCAUGGGCACACAAUGAACCCAACUUUGCCAACAAUGAUGAAAACUGUGUGACGAUAUACAAGAACAUGGGCUUCUGGAAUGACAUUAACUGUGGUUUAGAGAUUCCCUCCAUUUGCAAGCGAAGCAGCAACUUUAUCAACACAACUCUUGCCCCAACUACUGUACCUAAAGGGGGCUGUGCCCCUGAGUGGGUCCAGUUUAAUGGAAAGUGCUACCAAUUCAAUAUGGAAAGCAACAAGAAAACAUGGCACGAUGCUCGGGAUUACUGCAUUAACCAUGGAGGAAACUUGGCUUCUAUCCUCAGUGAAAAAGAACAAGAUUUCAUUACCACUCAGAUGAACAGGUAUCCCUACGAUAUGUGGAUAGGCCUUAAUGAUGUCAACUUGGAAAUGAGAUUUCUAUGGACAGAAGGCAAAAAGCUUUCCUAUACAAACUGGGCUAAAGGACAUCCAGUAUCCAUGCCUGAAGGACGCUAUUCAUUUGAUUCGACAUUUGACUGUACAGUUUUGGUGGGAAGCAAUUUCAAACAAAUUGGAUUAUGGAAAGUGGAGGAUUGUUCAAUCCCUCAAGGCUUCAUAUGUAAAAGAACUGUUGAUUCUCAGAUUGCCCCACCAGCCACAACAGCAUCAACAAAUAAUUUCAUCAAAUAUGGCAAUAACUCCCUGAAACUGGUGCCCCAGAAGAUGAAAUGGGAUGAAGCCCGAAGACAAUGCAAAGCAGAAGAUGCGGAUCUAGCAAGCAUCUUGAACCCUAUCACGCAGGCUUACAGCUCAUUGCUUAUCCACAAGUAUGGAGGGUCUGUUUGGAUUGGCCUCAACAGCAAUUUGACAGAUGGCUUGUUCCGGUGGGUUGAUAACUGGCGCUUGGGUUACACCAAAUGGGGUCAAAGAGAGCCAAAGAUGAACCAAGGCUGUGUUUACAUAGAUGAGGAUGGAUCGUGGAAGACAGGCUCAUGUAGUGACACCCACUACUCUCUGUGCAAGACUUCUAAAGACGUGCCUCCCACUCAACCUCCCCAGCUCCCAGGCAAAUGUCCAGAACCCAAGAGGGGAAAGGCCUGGGUGCCCUUCAGAGGCCAUUGUUACGCUUUCUUCAACUCAGUGGUGGACAGCUGGGCCCGAGCCUCAGUGGAAUGUUUGAGAAUGGGGGGAUCUCUGGUGAGCAUUGAGGAUCCAUUGGAGAACCACUUUAUCCAGGAAAAUAUAGAACUUAUGCAGGAUGGCAUCAAGACUUUCUGGAUCGGGAUGCAUAAGAGCUACGAAGGUGAGUGGAUGUGGAUUAAUAACGACGUGUUGGACUAUACCAACUGGAAACCAGGAUCCCAUUCAGGGGACUGUGUUGAGAUACGUGCUGACACUGGACAGUGGAGCACUAACAGCUGUAUGAGAUACAAAUCCUAUAUCUGCAAAACUCCUAAAAUGAUCGUACCAACGGAGAUGCCGGCAAUCACUUCUCAGAAUGUCGAGGAUGCCCCCCACGGUUACGCUGGCAUCGCCGUAGCCGUCGUCUUGAUGAUAGUUGCUGUGGUGGGACUUGUCUUCUUCCUGUUCCGCAAUCGCAUCCCCAGCCCCGUGCUGGGAGAGAGCACGUUCGAUAACAGGCUGUACUUCAACAGUGACCCAUCACGCACCAUAACCACCGUUGACACCAAGGGCCUGGUGGCCAACAUAGAACAGAAUGAACAGGCCUAGAUGCAGACCUAGAAAAACAUUCCAACAGGGUUCUUCGACCAAAUAACAUUUUGAGAUGGAGAUGGAGGUAAUGACACUUGAGGUGAGAGCCAAAAACAGGAAGCAUACGCAGCUUAAACUAACAUGUACAUAAAAUGGAUUCCUGUAUUACAGACCUGCAACAUACUGAUUACUGAUUUGUGUGUGACAUAAAUGAAUAAAUGUUACUUAUAACUAACUUAUAAAUGUACUACUAAGUACAAUUAUAAGUAUUUAAAUGUAUUUUUUGCAUUUUGUGCUUAUAACACUGUCAAACAAACUGACCUUGGUUCUGAGAUUAAAUAGAUCUGACCUCAACAAAGGCA